AUGCCUGAACCCGCAAAGUCCGCGCCCAAGAAGGGCUCUAAGAAAGCCGUGACCAAGACCGCCGGCAAGGGCGGCAAGAAGAAGAGAAAGACCAGGAAGGAGAGCUACGCCAUCUACGUGUACAAGGUGCUGAAGCAGGUCCACCCCGACACCGGGAUCUCCUCCAAGGCCAUGAGCAUCAUGAACUCAUUUGUCAACGACAUCUUCGAGCGCAUCGCUGCCGAGGCCUCUCGCCUGGCCCACUACAACAAACGCUCCACCAUCACGUCCAGGGAGAUCCAGACCGUAGUGCGCCUGCUGCUCCCCGGUGAGCUGGCCAAGCACGCCGUGUCUGAGGGCACCAAGGCCGUCACCAAGUACACCAGCUCCAAGUAAACUGAUCCUGC